AUGUUAAUAGUUAGCGAGCUUGUGGUUAAUGCGGAGGAGUGUGUCAGUGAUAUCAAAAUAUCCACACCAACCGGCGAGCACCUUGUACUUGCCACUGCUAUCCUCAAUUGCAUUCGUGUCCUCGGUGGUUAUACUCAGGCAGAGACUGUUGACACUAUUUUUGAUACAGAUAACUUUGUGGAAAGUAAAUAUCUUGAACGUAUACACGAAACGUCAGGAAACAUAUCCAUGUCUCUUAAUUGGUAUGACUCGUUCAAGGUUGUUAGCUUCUUCUGUGUUGGGCAUGUCAAAGAAGCGGCCAACCUGGGAUUCAGCGUCUAUAAAACGAGGGAUUCCCAUCCUAAAAUUAUAUACGAAAGCGAGUACCUCGUUGCUAGAAGGUGGUUAUCCUCCAGCCCAGUGAAUGUUAGCACAUGGGUUGCACUUGUGGAUGCCGAAUUAGCUGCCCUUCUAGGAUCGCCGGAUGCAUUCAGAUUAUAUGAUGUGGCUGUCAGACUCGCUGUCAAUAAUGACUGGCUGGCAGAGGAAGGAUGGUGCCUGUUUCUACAAGGUUCUCAUUUUGUGCGAUGUGGUAUAGAAGGACUUGGAACCGAACUGCAACGUCGUGGUAUUUCGAGACAUGCUCAAUGGGGCGCUCAAGGGAUUGUGACACAUCUCACGUCCAUAUCGGGUACCCGCUCCCAAUUACCGUUCAAGAAGCCCAUUUUUUCUGCGGAUGUGGCUGUCCAAACAGAAGCGGUUGCACUGAACUAUGAUUCAACGAUAUACACUCUUGGAGGAAAAACUGACUCACACGAUGAUCAGGAAUCGACGUUGAGCGCUGCUGACUUAGCAUCUAUUCUGAAGUGGAGCAAGGAUAUUUCUCGUGAUAUCAAUCUAUCCUCAGCUUUGCAAAGGCUUACUGAAAUAGCAUCUGAAACAUCUGGGUCACAAAAUACUUGUGCAAGAGAAGCGGGUGACUAUACCGUUGCAACCAGUAUGGUCCCACCAGAGCAAUGUCAAGUCCACGAGAACCCAAAAUCUAUUCGAACAAUCAAUGAUCCACUCCAGAAGGCGAUCAUUCAGCACACCUUAAAUUCAAAAGAGAGAGUAUACUAUGACGAUGCUUCGUCAGAUUCUCGAUUUUCUUCUGAAGCUGGACAAACAUCACAUCGAUCGGUUAUAUGUCUCCCUAUCUUCAGCAAUCGUGGACAAACCUUUGGUGCCGUCUAUGUUGCCUCAAGAUACGCAUUUUCACAAAAUACUGUCACUAUCUUGACUUUGUUAUGUCAACAAGCCAGUAUCAGCAUCGCCAAUGCCUUAUUAUUCAGAUCUGUUCAGGCAGGCACCAAAGAGAAUUUGAAAAUGAUUGCAGCACAGCGCGAGGCAUUGGAGGCCGCAAGAAAAAGCAGAGAGGACGCGUUGAAGGCUACUAAAAUUAAGAGCAAUUUUUUGGCUUCGAUGAGCCAUGAAUUGAGGACACCUUUUAGCUCUUUUUAUGGAUUACUUGAUCUUCUCAGUGGUACUGAACUCAAUCCUGGACAAAGCGAGAUCGUUCAAACCGCUAAACAGUCAUGUGAACUUUUGUUGAAGAUCAUCGAUUCAAUAUUAGAUUAUAGCAAGCUAGAGGCUUCCGCUGUGAAGCUAGAGCCCAGCGGAUUCUUAGUGGAGAAUAUAAUUGCGGAUUGCAUGGAACUUUUACUUCCAAUGGCUGCCAAAAAACUUGAUUUAUCCUUCAAUAUUGAGUCCGAUGUACCUUCAUGGGUAUUUGCUGAUUACGCCCGAAUCCGUCAAGUGUUGAUGAAUCUCAUCGGAAAUGCGGUCAAGUUCACGGCCAAUGGUUCAGUUCGCGUCAUAUGCUAUACCGUUGACAAUACUACAAUGAGUAGUGGAAGCGAAGUUAAUUUGAAGUUCGAAAUACAUGACACCGGAAUUGGACUAUCUGCCAGCGAUGUUGAUCUAUUGUUUGUGCCAUUCCAACAGGCAGAUAAUUCCUCUACUCGUCGUUUUGGUGGAACAGGUUUGGGUCUGUCGAUUUCCCGCCAGCUUGUAAAAUUGAUGGGAGGUGCGAUUGGUGUCAAAUCGGAGCCUGAUCAUGGCUCUAUGUUCUGGUUCACUAUUCCAGUGAAGGUAUAUCAUGCCCCCGAUUCAGUCAAGUAUACUCAAGAUAUUACUAAAACACGCUCCAUGCUCAUCAACCCACGCCCACUCUCCGUCUUGGUUUGCUCGCGUUCCAGUGCAACAUUGUCUCUCUUGAAUAACAUGCUCGGUGGAUUCUCGGUUAAAUUGCUCUCUAGCAUCCAAGAAUCGACACGAUACCUCGACACUUAUUCGAACACUGAGUCACCACCCCUUGAUUUUAUCAUCAUAGACGACCAAUCUGAAACCCAUGCUGAUGAUUUGGCUAGAUAUCUGCAUUCUUCGGACCUAAAAUGUUUUGAGGAAACCAAAGUCAUUCACCUAUAUACCCCUACCACUAGUCGCUCUGGACAGGCUAUUUUCGGGAACAGCACAAUACCCGGCGUUGUUAAAAUGACGAAACCUCCUAGGCUUGCUCGACUGUUACAAACUUUGGCCACUCUGAAAAAUCUACCCCAUCCAUUAAUAUCUCCUCAUGCUACUGAAAUCUCCAAGGCAGUAGAGGAUAUAGCAACUGCUCAGCGGACAUUAUAUGGGAAUGUACUUAUUGCCGAAGACAACCCCAUUGCUCAAAAUCUUCUCAUUAAACAGUUGCAGCGUCAUCAUCUUGAAGUUGUGGCAACCAGCAAUGGCGAAGAGGCUAUUGCAGAAUGGGAAGCGCAUGAACCGGGAUUUUUUAGUGUCGCCCUUUUUGACCACCACAUGCCAAUUUGUGAUGGAGUUGAAGCUACCAAACGGUUACGCCACUUGGAAAGGAAAAACAAUGUGUCUGUUAUUUUACCGAUUGUUGCAUUGAGCGCGGAUUGCCAAGACGCGACUAAGCAACUCUGCCUCAGUGCAGGAAUGAAUGCUUUUUUCAGCAAGCCUCUCAAAAAGAGUAUGAUUUCUGUUCUAUGUUGUGAAGUGGUUUAUUGA